CUGCGGCGGGGGGCCACGGGCUGGGACCCCGCCGCGCCGCCGCGCCGCGCCGCCGGCCACCCGGAGGAGGAGGAGGAAGAGGAGGAGGAGGAGGAGGAAGGGCCGGCAGCCGGCUCCGAGCUCUCCGAGCUCUCCGACGCCGAGCCCCUGUCGGAGCCCGAGGGGGCGGGCGGCGCUGCGCGGGCCCCCCCGGCGGCGGGCAGCGAGCGGGGGCCCCCCUGCUGCUCCUCGGACAGCGAGAUCAACAUCACCAGCGAGGAGGAGGAGGAGGAGGAAGGCAGCGAGCGGCCCGCUUGGGCACCGGGCACCGCCUGCUACAUCUGCGGCAGCCCCCUGGCACCGGGCGCCCAGCACCGCGUCCACGUGCAGAAGCAGGAGAAGAGCUCGCCGGGACCUUUCUUCCCGUUCCUGUGGCUGCACAGCCCCCCGCCGGGCGCCCAGCCGCUGUCCCCCACCGGCAGCACCCUGGUGUGUCCCUGCUGCUUCGCCUCCCUCAUGCAGCAGUGGCAGAGCUUCGAGCUGGCCAACGUGCCCGUGCUGCAGCGGCUCUACGUGGUGCCCCUGGGCGCCGGGGCCAUGCCCGCCAAGGGCCGCCGGGGCAUGAAGGAGGACGGCACGGGCAUCCCGCCGGUGCCCGAGGCUUGCUACCUGUGCGGGGAGGAGUGCGGCAAGGAGGCGAGGCCGGUGGCGGCCAAAAUCACCAACGGCAACGCGAAGAGCACCAUGCAUUUCCCCUUCCUCAGCCUCCUGCCCUGCCCGCCCGGCGCCAAGGGGCUGAACAAGCACUGGGAGGUCAGCAGCUGCCGCAAGUGCUUCGGGGUGCUGCAGGACCUGUGGGCCAUGUACAGGGCCUGUCACAACGAGGAGCUCAUCUCCUCCGUGCAGAGUUUCCUGGGCAGGUACCACCAGGUCUUCUCCGCCGGUGAGCUCGCCGGCCACGCCGCUGUCAUCAAGCCCGGUCCCACCUCUGUCUGCUACAUCUGCGGGGCCGAGUUGGGAGCUGGCAAAGAGUUCCAGCUCAACGUCAACCCUCCGGGCCGAUUUGGGGAGAAGGAGCCCUUUUUCCCCUUCUUGACCGUCUACCCGCCCGCGCCGCGGGCCAGGCCGGCCGACUCCACGGGGCUGGUGGCCACCUGCAUCCUGUGCUACCACGACCUGCUGGGACAGUGGCUGCAGCACGAGGGCAGGAACUCCCACCACCCCAGCAGCGCCUGGUCCCGGCAGUACAAGGUGGAGACCUUCGUCUGCUUCUUCUGCCGGCAGGAGAAGAAGCGAUGCCUUGGAUUAAGAGCGGUUCAGGUGGCCAGGCUCCCCGUCUUCCUCUACACGCUGCGCGUGGCCAACAGCCUGCUGGUGGACGAUGGCAAGCAGCUGACCAUCGGCGCCUGUGCCGAGUGCGGGGCCGUGGUGCUGGCUGGCAAGAGCGUGACCCCGCCAGAGCUGCUGGCAGUGGCGCCCCCGACUCUGCUCCCCAAGGCGUCCUCUUCGUCCCUGGAGACAGCCGCCACCAAGCCUGCGGCCGGUGAGUCCCGGCAUCGGGUGGCCAGCGCUGGGGAGAGCCCGGGAACCGGCAGCACCGCCCCGGACGUCGGCCAGCGGACACCUCUGGAUGCGGAGGGUGCGGACGCUGGAGCCACAAGCAUGAGCCAUGAGCGGAAGUCGCCGUCGCUAGGAAUGCUCUCCACGGCCACCCGCACCACGGCCACCGUGAGCCCCCUGACCCCGUCGCCCCUGAACGGCUCCAUCGUCCCCAAUGGCAGCCCCGCCGCCAGCAGCACUUUGUCCGUCCAGGCAGCACCUUCCUCCAGCUUCGCCGCCGCCCUGCGCAAGCUCGCCAAGCAGGCCGAGGAGCCCAGAGGCUCCUCACUGAGCAGCGAGUCGUCCCCAGUGUCCUCUCCAGCCACCAACCACAGCUCCCCUGCCAGCACCCCCAAACGUGGCCCCAUGGGCCCCAUCAUUGUCCCCCCGGGGGGGCACAGCGUGCCCAGCACGCCGCCCGUCGUCACCAUCGCCCCCACCAAGACGGUCAACGGGGUCUGGAGGAGCGAGGGCAGACAGCAGGAAGCAGGGUCACGAGGCAGCAGCAGCAGCGCCGGCCGCGAGCGCCUCAUCUCGGAGCCCCCCCUGACCCAGGAGAAGGCAGGGGGUCCUGCUGUCCCCUCCCACCUCCUGGGGACACCCUACUCCUUCGGGCUGCCCCCCAGCUCCGUGGUGCAGGACUCCCGCUUCCCUCCUCUCAACCUGCAGCGGCCCGUGCACCACGUGGUGCCUCCCAGCGCCGUGACCGAGGAUUACCUGCGGAGCUUCCGUCCCUACCACACGGCCGAGGACCUCCGCAUGUCCUCCCUGCCACCCCUCGGCCUCGACCCCGCCACUGCCGCCGCCUACUACCACCCCAGCUACCUGACACACCACCCCUUCCCUCAUCCUGCCUUCAGGAUGGAUGAGUCAUACUGCCUGUCAGCACUGAGAUCCCCCUUCUACCCGCUGCCAGCGCCGGGCUCGCUGCCCCCCCUGCACCCCUCGGCCAUGCACCUGCACCUCUCGGGGGUCCGGUACCCCCCCGAGCUCUCCCACUCCUCCCUGUCCGCCCUGCAGUCCGAGCGCAUCUCCAGCCUCGCCGCCGAGAGGCUCCAGAUGGACGAGGAGCUGCGGCAGAGGGAGCGGGAGCGGGAGAAGGAGCGGGAGCGAGAAGCCGACCGGGAGCGGGAGAAGGAGCGGGAACGGGAGCGGGAGCGCGAGAAGGAGCUGGAGCGGGAGCGGGAAAAGGAGCGGGAGCGGGAGCUGGAGAGGCAGCGGGAGCGUGCCCGGGAGAAGGAGCUGAGCAUGGUGAAAGCCAUGGAGGGGCCCUUCCUCCCCGUGGCCGAGCUGCACGGGCUGCGGGGGCACCCGGCCGAGGAACGGGGCAAGCCGGUGGAGCCGCUGGCGCCCAGCAGAGCAGACAAGCUCAAGGACUCGGUGCUGCCCACGCCGAAGCCCAUCCAGCACCCUCUGCACCCUCCACCGGGCUCCCACCACCCCGUGCCCAGCCUCAUCCCCAACCACAGCGUGUUCCCCCUGCCCGGGAGCAGCGCGGCCACGGCGCUGCUCAUCCAGCGCACCAACGAGGAGGAGAAGUGGCUGGCCCGGCAGCGCCGGCUGCGCCAGGAGAAGGAGGAUCGGCAGUCCCAGGUCUCGGAGUUCCGGCAGCAAGUGCUGGAGCAGCACCUGGACAUAGGGCGUGCCCCCAGCCAGGCUGAGCCCGAGCACCGGCCCGAGCACCCCAGGUUGGGAUCGAGCCGCCACGAGCCGAGCAGCCGGGAGCCAGGGCAGCACUUUGGCGGGCCCCCACCCCUCAUCUCCCCCAAACCCCAGCACCACCCCGUCACCACGUCCCUCUGGAACCCCGUCUCGCUGAUGGAGAGCCCCCCCGACCCUCCCCGGCGCCUCCCCGAGCCCCAUGCCCUCCACAGCCACGCAGCGCCCUUCGAGCCCGGCCGCCAGGGCAUCCCUCUGGUGAAAGUGGAGAGGGUCUUCUGCCCGGAGAAGCUGGAGGAGGGCCCGAGGAAGAGGGAUGCUCUGGAGAAAUACCCUCCAGGACGGGAGCCCGGCGCCCCGGAGCACGGGGCCUUCACCCACACCCCCUUCCUAGCUGAGCUGGAGAAGUCCACUCAGAGCAUCCUGAGCCAGCAGAGAGCCCCGGCCACCCCGUUCCCCGAGGCCACCAAGCCCAGCUCGCCCUUCCGGCCGCCCCAGCCCCGCGCCCAGGACCCCAUGUACAUCUAUGACGAGUUCGUGCAGCAGCACCGCAGGCUGGUCAGCAAACUGGACCUGGAGGAGCGCCGGCGGCGGGAGGCCCGUGAGAAAGGGUACUACUACGACCUGGAUGACUCCUGUGAUGACAGCGACGAGGAGGAGGUGCGGGCCCAUCUCCGCUGCGUGGCUGAGCAGCCCCCGCUGAAGCUGGACACGUCCUCUGAGAAGCUGGAGUUCCUGCAGCUCUUCGGGCUCACCACGCAGCAGCAGAAGGAGGAGCUGCUGAGCCAGAAGCGGCGCAAGCGGCGGCGGAUGCUGCGGGAGCGGAGCCCCUCUCCGCCCACGGUGCAGAACAAGCGCCGCACGCCCUCGCCCCGCCUGCCGCUCUCCACCCGCUACAGCCCCGACGAGAUGAACAACAGCCCCAACUUCGAGGAGAAGAAGCGCUUCCUCACCAUCUUCAACCUCACGCACAUCAGCGCCGAGAAGAGGAAAGCUUCCCAUGCUGCAGACAAGGAGAAGCUGGUGGAGAUGCUCCAGGCCAUGAAGCAGAAGACCACGCCGGCCGCCGUGGUGGUGAAGAGCUCCCCGCGGGACAGCCCCGGUGCCCCCAGCACUGAGCCUCCAGUGCCUCCGCUCCUGCUGGACCUGGAUAAACCCGUGGGCAUCGCCGUCUCCGUGCCGGAGGUGCCGAAGGUGGCAGAAGCCUCCAGGUUAGAGCAGCUGAGACCCCAGGAGCCAGGCAGGCCCAAGGAGUCGGGCGCGGCGCCGGAGAAGCCCCGGCUGAGCGAUGGGCACCCCGGGAAGAAGGCUCUGAGCAUCCUCAGCUACGUCAGGGGUCCCCUCCCCAAGGACAUCCCGGUGCCGCUGUCCCACAGCAUGAACGGCAAGAGCAAGCCCUGGGAGCCCUUCAUUGCUGAAGAGUUUGCCCACCAGUUCCAUGAGUCGGUGCUGCAGUCCACGCAGAAGGCGCUGCAGAAGCACAAAGGGGGGACAGCGGCGGAGCAGAACCACAAACUGGACACCUCCAUCCACUACAACAUCCCCGAGCUGCAGGCGUCCUCCCGCCUGGCCCUGCACAACGGCACGGCCGAGGCACCGCCCCGGCCACUGCCCCCCCUGCCCCGGGACUCGGCCUCCGAGGACGAGGAGGAGGAGGAGGACGAGGAGGAAGAGGAGGAAGAUUACCCCAGGCCCAAGUGGCAAGGGAUCGAGGCAAUUUUUGAAGCUUACCAGGAACAUAUAGAAGAACAAAACCUGGAGCGCCAGGUGCUGCAGACGCAGUGCCGGCGGCUGGAGGCCCAGCACUACACCCUGAGCCUGACAGCUGAGCAGCUGUCACACAGCAUGGCGGAGCUGAGGAGCCAGAAGCAGAAGAUGGUGUCGGAGCGGGAGCGCCUGCAAGCCGAGCUGGAUCACCUGCGGAAGUGCCUUGCCUUGCCUGCAAUGCAGUGGUCUAGGGGUUAUUUCAAGGGGUAUCCCAGGUGA